AUUAAUUAAUUAAUUUUGGAUAUUGGUCAUUUUUCUAACUAAUUUAAUAUAUAGCCGACCUAACAGUGCGCUUAAAUACUAGUAUUAGUUGUAUAUCAUUGAAGACUACAAAACCGUUACGAUAUGAGUGGUGACGACCAGAAAAAUGCCAAAGUAUUUGUCGGCCGAUUGCCCGACGGCUGUACCGACAAGGACUUGGAGGACCUGUUCUCUAAGUACGGUGCCGUCAAUCAGGUCGAUCUUAUCGGCAAAUAUGGUUUUGUGCAUAUGAGCAAACGUGAAGAAGCGGAUGAGGCGAUCAAAAAGCUAAACAAUUAUAACUAUAUGGGUUCACAGCUCACUGUCCAGAUAUCAACGAGCAAAUUAAGCGGAGGAACCGGUAAAACCCGUAAUAAUAACAUAACAAAUAACCGACGUGGUGGUGGCGGCGGUGGCCCAGGAGGUGGCAACCGGUCUUACGGACGUAAUACUGGUCCGUAUCAGCGCAACAAUCAGUACGGCCAGCGAGGAGGAGGUGGUGGUCCAUACAAUAACAGACAAUACGAUGGACCACCUGGACCUAUGGGUGGUGGACCCAUGCACGGCAACUAUGGAGGAGGACCGCCCUCCUAUGGCUACCCGCCUAACGACAUGAACACUGGUGGCGGCGGUGGUGGUUAUCAGCCAUAUCGUGACGCCUACUAUCCCGACAACGGUGGUGGUGGCGGCGGAGGCUACUAUAGACAAGACAGUGAUGUCAUGCGUUCGGGUUCUGGUGGUGGCGGAGGAGGCGGAUUGCCCUAUGACUCGAUGUACGGACGCGGAGGUCCGCCAUUGAUGCAACAGCAACAACAAGCUCGCGGAGGCGUCGCGCCAUUGGCUACGCCACCGUCGCAACAACAACAGGAUAUGUAUGGUGUAAGAGGUGGUGACGUUUCCGCCUAUUCGCAGCCUAUGGGCGGUUACGGUUCAAUGUCCGGAGGAGGCGUCUCCGGAGGCGGUGGUCCUAUUGACCAGCUAUCACGAGGAGGAGGCGGUACGGGAAUGGGUGGCGGCUAUGGCAGUGGUUUACGUAAUGGUUAUGGAGGAGGCGGCGGCAAUUCAGGUGCCGGUAUUAGUGGUGUUGGUGGCGGCUAUGGUGGCCGAGUAGGUGGAGGAGGUAUGGGCGGCGGAUCGUUAGCACCGCCACCCAUACCACCGCCUAGUGGUCGGUGGCAACCAUACUAAGACCGGUACUGAUACAUACCUGAGUACCAGAUUUGUUUCAGACACCACCAUCACUACUACUACUAUCACCACCAGAUAUCAUCAUCUUUACAUACCUGACCUACACAUCCAAGAGUAACACAUAUACAACAACAACAACAUCAACAACAAAAAAGGUAGACCUUAUUGAUGUUCACAUACAGACACACAUACCGUAUAUACCAUACCGUAACCUAUCAUACAAUUUCUCAUACAAAUUGAUAGUUAAUUUUUUGUUUGUUUGUUUGUUUAAUCAAUAAUAAAGAGAAACAAAAAUAAUUACUAAUUGAUUGAUAAUAU